GCUUUACAUGGUUUCACUGUGGAAAAAAUAAUAUUGACUAAGCCUCUGAUCCUGCCUGAUAUGAAACUGAUACACAUUCCGGAUUAUGGAACUUUUCAGCUGGAAAGUACCUUUGGAUGAUAUUUAAAGGCACUAAGAAUCUUAACCUGUGCACCAUUUAUAGUUGACAAGAUGUAAUAAUAAAUGCCAUAAAGUGUGACUAAUCAUAUUUAUCAGUAGCACAGAUGGAGUCCUAGUUAACGAACUUAUUAAUUCUCAUCUGUUACUGGGUAAAGACCUUCACAGGACUCCAAAAUUUUUUCUGGGCCAAACUUUGGAGAUGAGAGUCUGACUUCAGGAUUUUACAUAGGCGAGGAGACCGAGACUGAGAAAGUUGACCACACGAAGAUCACACAGCCCCUUUGUGAUACAGCCAGGUGCAGCCCCAGGAAAGUUGACCACACGAAGAUCACACAGCCCCUUUGUGAUACAGCCAGGUGCAGCCCCAGGAAAGAUCAAGAAAGGCCCGCAAAUGGACCUCUAAGGCCUCUGUUCAGGGCAGCAGCCAUGGAGCAGUGGAGCCUCUGAGGGGGUGGGACCCUCGGAAGAACCAGAGUGAAGCUGAGAGACAACAAACCCAGGCCUUCCGUGGACGGUGAUGGUAUUCGGAGCUGCACGACUAAGUGGUCAAACUGUGUAGGAAAAGAAAGAAAAGAAAAAGGAAAAAGGAAAGGAAAACACAAGGACCUAACGGAACAGCAAGAGUGACGCUAGAGCCCACGUCUCGCGAUAGUUCAUUCGCGGAGGGAAUCUCGCGAGCACUGCUCCUGGAGUCCCGGAUGAAGCUGUGAAGCGCAGGUCUCAGCCCCUAGAACUGCCUGGGCAUUUCCUUUGUCUGCGUCUCACGACGGAAGCCGUAUAUGAAAGACGAUGUCCGGAAGCUUCUACUUUGUAAUCGUUGGCCGCCAUGAUAAUCCAGUUUUUGAAAUGGAAUUUUUGCCCGCUGGGAAAGCAGACCCCAAAGAUGACCGUCGUCAUCUGAACCAGUUCAUUGCUCACGCUGCGCUGGACCUUGUGGAUGAAAACACGUGGCUCUCGAACAAUAUGUACCUGAAAACUGUGGACAAAUUCAACGAGUGGUUUGUGUCAGCGUUUGUCACCGCCGGCCAUAUGAGAUUUAUCAUGCUUCACGACGUAAGGCAAGAAGACGGAAUAAAGAACUUCCUUACUGAUGUUUACGAUUUGUAUAUAAAGUUUGCAAUGAAUCCAUUUUAUGAGCCCAACUCUCCCAUUCGAUCAAGCGCUUUUGAGGGAAAAGUUGAGUUUCUUGGGAAGAAACACCUUUUAAGCUGAAGGCAGAAAAAUUUCAAAAUAAACAGUGUCACAAUGGUGUAUACUCAGCAACGUGUACCUUGUAAGUAACUUGAUUAACUAGCCUGGAAAAUCUUUUACUUGUCUCAGUUUAUCUAAACCUAGUGGAACUUCUUUUAUAAUUUAAAAAUAGUACAUUCUGUUUCAUCUUGGUUAUCAACAGUCUUUGCUUGUGAAGUAUUAUUUAUAAAGUUCUUUAUCAAUAAUUUUGAAAUAUUUGUAUUUUAAAAAUUGAGAAGCUUUUGACUUUCCUUAUCCAGAAAGUUUGACCUUGAUGUGGGAAUUCAUAACACGAAUGUCGUCGUCAAGAUUUGGCAGACAGAUUUAAAUUAAAAGAUGGCGCGGAAGGAAAUGAAAUUGAUAGCCCAUGCAAUGACUUUCUUGUGCAUUUGGAGAUGUACUGUAAACAUUUCUAACACACAGCACUACCUAAGAAGCUGAAGCAAAACAUCUUUACAGUGCUAAAUGUUAUGUACCUGCCUCUGUCAGAGACUGGGAAUAGUGGUCAUCACUGCUAUAAUUUUAGAAUGUUGGACCCAUAAGUAUAUGCUGGACCACAGUUACAUGGUGAAAUGUGUUGCCUCUGUCACUGUAUGUUCUUGUAUUUCCUUUCAGAAAGUAAGCUGGGACUUGAAUAGGCCGAUUUCUAUCAGUACUUGUAAAAAGCUGUAAUACAGUUUAAGAACUGUUAUUAAAGAAAAGUUUGGGUUA